AUGGAACAAGCAUUAUUCGGUUUGACGGUUGUUGGCAUGAAACAUCCUGAUGAGUGUCACGGUGUUGCACUUCAAGCUGUAGAAUUCUGGUCGACUGUUUGCGAGGAAGAGGUUGAUCUUGCUCUCGAGGCCCAAGAGGUGCACAUCAAGUCCAGCGAUUGGCAUCAACGCGAGGCUGCCGUGAUGACCUUUGGCUCAAUCCUCGAAGGCCCUGACCCUGCGGUCCUCACUCCGCUCGUCAACCAGGCUCUACCCCUUCUCAUUGACAUGAUGACGGACACGAAUCCGUACUUUGAGACAACGAUGAAUGUCUUGAGGCAAGCGGUGCCAUCGAGCCCAACCCUGGCUUUUGUUAAGCUCGACUACGAUCUUGUCGAUUUCCUCACGCACGAUUUCUCACUCUUUCCCCAAUGGUUCUACGAGGGCACGUCCCACCUACCUUUUGUCCAGAAUUGGCCAGCUGCGCAAAGGUAUCCUCAAGGCCUACACCAGCAUGCGUCACUGGUUUGA